AUGGCGACGAAAAAAGUUAACGACCCUUUCGUCAAAGCGAUUACAGAGUUUAUUUCCGAUGUUAAACGUAAAGAAGACACUCAAAGUCCCUUUUACAAAGAAGUGCUCAGUAAGAUAAAUACUCAUUCUCAUCAAAAUGGCGACCAAAGCAAGUUGUCUGCGGAAAACCUACACGCAUUUGUGGAGGAACUUGAGCGUAAACAGAAACGCACCAGUAACACGCGCUGGGUUAGCGAAAAGUUGCACCCAUUACUAUCUGGAUUGGAUCAGUACAUACAGAUCUGCGACGUAAUGAGUCAAGCGGGUGGGUCAAUUGGGAUUCUUGUCUAUGGCGGCGCAAGGGUGGUUCUCCAGCUGGCGCUGAACUUUCACAAUUGUUUUGAUCAAAUACUACUGAUAAUGGAAGAAGUGGGGAAUUCUUUGGAUUGUUACAAUUGUUUCGCCGGAGCAUACGAGAAGUCAGUCGAGAUGCAAGCCCUUCUCAUUAGAACAUACAAAAAUAUUGUCUCCUUUUGGCAAGAUGCGGCAAAGUUGCUUAGCAAGCCGGCAUACAAAACACUUUUGAAAGGAAUCGUUAAGCCGUUGGCCAAAGAAUGGUCAGAAAGGAAAGAGAAAUUGAAAGCCGACUCUGACAGAGUUUUGAAGCUGGCUGUCGCCACAAGUGCUACCAUGCAGAAGAAUAAGGAUGAGGAACAGAAGGAGCGCCGAUCUCAGAAGAUGAAACGACAAGUUGUUGACUGGAUUAAGGGUGGGAUUGACGGCGAACAACUUGACACUAGGAAGAUCCUGCGCCAGAAUGAGGAGAUCUGCCAUGAGAAUACAUGUGAAUGGCUUUUUGAACACCCACUGAUGAAGGAUUGGCUGGGUCAUAAUGAAACCACCGGGGCAUGGUACAGCGCACCUCCUGGUGCAGGGAAAACUGUUUUAGCUGCUACAGUUGUGCGCAAACUACAGGAUCGGGAUCUCAAAACAGUGGCUUUCUUCUACUCUUUCAACGAUACUAUUCGCAAAAAGCCUAUUACUGCACUUCGAUGCCUUGCCCUUCAGUUACUCACUCACGCUCGACAGGUUCCAGAUAAGGUACAGAGGCUGUAUGAAGAAGACGUGGAGAGCCAUUUCUUUGAGUUGCACGAUCAAAGAACUGCGGUCGAGGUUGUUAGGGCCUUGCUAAUGCAACAGCCCCGUGUGCAUAUCAUUGUGGAUGGCUUAGACGAAUGUGAAGAUCGGGAAUUACUCACAAGAUGUAUUCGGCCGUUAUUAGAAGUCAAACGCCCGGGAAUCGUAAAGUGGUUCUUUACAAGCAGACCGGAUAGCGCCAUACGUUCAAUAAUGAAAAAGCACCAAAUUACCGAGAUCAACGCUCCACAAAUAAGUUUGCAGCAAGACAUCAAACUGUAUGUCACAGAAUAUCUUCGCAAUACGUUAGAUCACAGUUGCUCUGAAUGCGUUGAAUUCUGGACAGAAGAAUCAGAAGGCAACUUUCUAUGGGCUGUACUUAUGCUACGAAUUUUAGGAGGAGCCGACCUUACUUGUGACGCAGAAAUCGACGAAGCCCUUGAAAAAUUUCCUAAAGGCCUGGCGGGUUGCUACAUGCGCACUUUGGACCAGCUAUCUAAACGCUCAGAGCCGCAGCAACAACUUGCGAGAAGAAUAUUCUCAAUGGUAGUGGCUGCAGAUCAACCCCUUCGUUUGAGCGAGUUGUCGCAUGCCUUGGGUACUAUUGGUUUCGCGACUGACUUUUCUACCAAGAAUUUACGGAAGGUUGAGCUCAUUGAGGAUUUGUGUUCAAACCUAAUUGUAUUCGAUCGCAGUUCCAAUGGUACAGAAACGGAUCCAGCGCUGAAAGUUGCCCACAAAUCCAUACAGGACUUCUUUCUAGAAGACCCAACCGAACUUAAAGCCCCAGAGAAUCUCCAAAAGUAUUUCGUUUCAAGAUCCGUCGCAAACCGCGAACUAGGAGAGGCCUGCCUUACCUAUCUCAGCUACGAAAGAUAUAAUAAACCGCAAGAUAUCAUGUCUAUCGUCACUCAAGAAGAUCAUGCCUUCCUUCGGCAUGCUGCUCUUUUCUGGCAUGCAUAUCUAAGCCAUGGAGAUCACUCUCAAGAGUUAUUUGAAAGAGUCAAGAAGUUUAUUGAAAGUCCUGCAUUCUGGACAUGUGUGGCCGUUCAAUGUCGAUUCGGGCCUUAUUUACUUGCUCAAUACGAUAAUGUCGGUGGAGCUCAGUAUAGGCUUAGGGGAACGGGUCCAAAAGGUGGUGACAAUAGUCGAAUUCAUUACGGAAUACCUUUACCAGAAUGGCUAGAGGACUACAAGCCUUUCGGCCCUGGAAUUACGCAAGCCUUCGUUGGCUUUAUUCAUGAGUGGCAUGCCUUGUUAAUAUCCCAACCAUCUGCAUUGAAUCAGUGUGCCAUGAGCUUCCGAUGCAUGGCCCACCUACCUGGUAGACGAUCCUGGCUCUCUGAUCGCGUGAAACUCUAUUGCUUAUGUGGCCGUGAACCCUGGCCAUUCAGCAUCUCCAGCCUUUCUGUUGUAGAUGUUACACAUGAUGCGAAAGACCUUAUCGUUGACAUCAUUGGCAAUGAGAUUAUUGCAGGUACAUCUCAAAUCAGGUGUAUCCGGCUUAAAAUACAUCCAGAUGGUUCGUUGCAUGUCGGCCUCCAGUCUGAAAAGAUGCUUCUUCCAAAUGAAUGUACUCCUGAAACAAUACUCUUGAGCCAUGAAUGGUCCCGACCUCAAAAUCACCUUUCAGCCCUUAAUCCUACGUUGCUUGAAAUCAAAGAAUAUGAGGUUAAACAAAGGGACAAAGAUGUUAGCAUUGAAAUGGUCUCCGGAUUACGACCUCCUCAAGCUAUUGGAAAUAAGUGGCAUUUAGUCGGCAAAACUAUUCACACUCUACAUAACCAGCAAAGAGCAGCUACUUUCCAAUUAUCUUCUCUAGAUGAACGGUCCAGUCGAGACGAUCCAAACAUUCAAAGCGAUUCCACUUAUGGUUCUGCAGCACCAAGUCUUCGUGACAACGACUCUGACGCAGACAGUGAUUCUGAGGCUCCAUCCGACCAUCCGCCUGUUAAUGACUGUAUGCUAAUUUUGUAUGAAAACGAGCCACCACUUUUUCAAUUCUCUAAACCCAGCAACAACCAAAUUGAGUCAAUAUGUGCUGUUCAUCCUGUCGAGAAAAUAGCUGUUUGGAGCCCUGCUCCUCACCAACUUUUCGUCCAAAACCUUGAACCUGUGAAGUUGUUCUCGCAGAUCUUGAUAGAACCUGCUACUGUUCAGUUUUCCAACCUCAGUGCGAUGAGAAAAGAGUUCCGGUUUUCGGAAUCUGGUGACGUACUAUACUACCUCUUAUAUACAGCUGAGCAACAAGAGACAUCAAUCAAGCAAGCUGUAACAGUUCUCUGCUUUCAGUUCACUCGGUCGGGCUCGGAAGAGGAAUUAGUAGAUUUGCAGCCACUUUACUCAGCACAAAGCAUUAGCUAUGAAUGUUACGGUGAAAUCCAGCACCCUCUUAUUUUAACGACGUGGACUUCUGAAAACUUAUACAUUGCGCUGCCACCGCUGUCUUGCAAUGCAAAAGUUUUACGGCUCCCUCUCUGUGGUCAAAACGAAAACGAAGAUUUGCCGAAAUUAAAACAAUUUCAGACACUAUGCAAUCCGGCAUAUUUUCCCUACUCGACACCUUACAGAAACCCACAACUUAAAAUCAUUGAAUCAAGAGACGACGGUAACAACAGCAAGCAAAUUUUACUCCUCGCCCUAGAUGCUCAAUUCCAGGAUUCAUCGUCUUCUUCCUCGGAUGAUGGUAGCAAUGACCAGUUUCCUCUUAAUUCCCCUUCUAGGGUCUUGAGUGAGCAGCCAGCACUACUCACUAUUGAACUGGAUCCGGAAGCCGAUUGGCGAGACUAUUGUGCAGAUGACGAACGUUCACAAGAACUUCGAGAUAGGAAGUGGAGCUACGAUGCGCUGAGAGGAUCAUUCUUAGAUUCGAACAAAAGAUUUAAGGUUCCUAUUCGAAGCGGUAUGGAUUGGACGAGGAAGGCUUUUCUUUCCUGCGCCUAA